AUGGGCCAUGGGCAUGGCCAAGUCACAGUAAUCUCCUCCUUCAUCUCAUAUUCCUCAAAUUGUGCUCGAAACCCUAACUCGGUCGACAAGUUUGUGAGUCUUUUGCUCAAAGUAACAAAGCUCUGGGGGAGAUAUGGAGGACCAACUUCCGACGAGUUUCACUUUGAGAUAGAUAACUUCUCCGAGAAGGAAGGGGUGAUAUCAUCACCAAGCUUUUUAAGCUGCGGCUGCCAAUGGUUUGUUAAUGUUCAUCCCAAAGGAGAUAUUGUUGAAGAUCACUUGUCUCUCUACCUCAAUGUUGCGAAUCCCGAAUCACUGCGACUUGGAUGGAAAAGGCGAGCUAGUUAUUCCUUCUUUCUUUUGAAUCAAGCAGGCAAAGAGCUCUACAGAGUUCCUGAAUGGUGCGAGUUGUUCUGCGCUCAGUUCUCAGGAUGGGGUUGGGCAAAUGCCGUGCCUCUUAAAAAGCUUCAAGAAAAAGGGUUUCUAGAGAAGAACAAACUGAUAGUUAAAGUGGAAGUUAAAGUAGUUGAAGUUGUUGAUCAAGGAGUUGUCACUGGGAAUGAGAUGUUCGAUUUCAAGGGUUUCCAAGUUCUUUAUUCUCAGGUUUUAUCAGUGACUACGCUUUUCGUGAAGCACCCGGACAUUGCAGUAAAUGUCAAACAAAGGAACCAACGUGUGAAGACACUAUAUAUGAAUAUACUCCUUGAUCUUAUCGAGACACUGAACAAGCCUCCACAUAGCAUCUCCGAGACUGAGCUAAGCAACGCUGGCAGCGAGUUGAUCGAUCUAACACAAGCAGGAUUCAAGCUAGACUGGUUGAAGACAAAGCUUGAUGAGGUUUCCUUGGAGAGGAAGAAAGAAAAUGUUGGAGUCCAAGAACUCGAGGAACACAUCAAGAAUCUCAAAUUUGAACUGAACGAGGAGAAGGUAAAGUCUGCUACUUCUGCUGCUAAAGUUCUGUCGUUGGAGCAGGCUUUGUGGGAUCUCAAAGAUGAGGUAUCGGAUAAAAUGUCGUAUCUUAAAGAUGAGGUGUCGUACCAUAGAGAUGAGGUGUCGUAUCUCCAAAAUGAGGUGUCGUAUCAUAAAGAUGAGGUGUCGUAUCUUAAAAAGGUGGUGUCGUAUCUUAAAGAAGAGGUGUCAGAUCUCAAAGUUGUGGUGUCUGAUCUUAUAGAUUCUGAGUCAGAAGACUCAGAACUUGAAGAUGAGGUGUUGGAUCUCAAAGAUGAGCUGAACAAGAAUGAGGCAAAAUAUGAUACUUGUGGUGCUAACGGUUUUUCGUUGGACCAAACGGUGACGGAUCUCAAAGAUGAGCUGAAAAAGAAUGAGGCGAGAUCUGAUACUUGUGGUGCUAACGGUUUUUCGUUGGAGCAAACGGUGACGGAUCUCAAAGAUGAGCUGAACAAGAAUGAGGCGAGAUCUGAUACUUGUGCUGCUAAUGGUUUUUCGCUGAAGCAGGCGUUUUCGGAUCUCAUAGCUGAGCUGUACAAGAACGAGGCCAGAUCUGCCACUUGUGCGCAUGGAUUUUCGUUGGAGCAGGUGUUGACUGAUCUGAACAAGGAGAAUGGUGUUGUUGGCUCUUGGGAAGUAUUGGAAUACGCGGGUCUCCAUAAUGAAAAGUAG